CGCUCGCCCCACCCUACCCGCGCGCUGCCGCCACCGGCCGGCUGCCCCUCCCUCCCCGCGCGCUGCCGCCAUCAGCUGGUCGCCCCUCCCUACCAGCGAGCUGCUGCCACCGGCCAGCUGCCCCUCCCUUCCCGCGCGCUGCCGCCACCGGCCGCCCGCCCCUCCCUACCCGCGCACCACCACCACCGCGUCUGUUGUCGUCCUGCACCGCCCAGCCAGCCUCCUUCCGCAUCACCGGUGACCUCCUUCCUCCAUCUUGCCGCCACCCACCCUCGGGUCCGUACGCCACCGCCCACCCCCAGGUCUGCGCACUGCCAGCCAUCCCCGAAUUCGCGCGUCUCCGGCCAUCCCCAGAUCCCGCGCCACCAGCUGCCGCCUCCCACACACGCGCCACCUGCGGCUGCAAGGGGGAGCCGCGGGGUCGAGAUUGUUCCUCUCGGCAGUACACCUGCACGCUCCAUCGUCGAUCACGAGAAGAGCUGCGUGUAGGGCACCCUCGAUCCGUUCAUCGAUCUAGUAGCCGACGUCCUGGUUCCUUCUUGGCAUCCGUCGUACUGGUUCACGCACCAUCGCCGUCGGUCUUUUUCCGGUUUGAGAUAGUGAGCGCCACCUGGGAGGACUCUCUGUGAACAAGGCGGCACCAUCGACGGCCUCCUCCACCAGAUGCAGCAAAAAGCAAGAUUCACAAGUUCAUCUUAUGGAUGCUUUUCAGUACAUCUACUUCCCGUUGGAGCGCCCUGGCCGAUCACAGCUACCAACGCAGGCCAUUCAACGCUACCUCCGCAGGCGGUUCAUCGCAAAAACAGCGACCUGGAUCCCACUGGUUCCCACCAGCAAUGCCCGUUCAAGCACGUUGUCACUCUCCUGCUGCAGCGUGGCUCAGCUACUGCACUUGGUGGAGGGAGCGAUGGAGGUUGGUAACAGGGGCGAUUCGGCCAUGGAGGUGGAGGCAGAAGUGAGCCUGUUCGCGGCGGAGACCUCCGGUUCCCCGGUCCCCGGUGGCGUGGGCUCAUCGACCAGGCGGCUGGGCCUCAAGAACAGCAUCCAGACCAACUUCGGCGAUGACUACGUCUUCCAGAUUGCUUCUUGGUCAGAUAAGAACAGAGAAUGGUGUAGCUUCAGUCUAGCUUCCAGCAAGUUUUUCCUUCCCGUUGCUCAUAAAUGAAUGAACCUGUUGAUAAAAAUACAUGUUACAGUACUUGAUAUAUAUAGUUACAUCUAAUUUCAUACAUCUCAUGACAAGCCAGGAGAUCUCAACGCUCGUAGUGUCCCUGUCAACAAACACACUCAAGUUCUAUGCUCCAGCAACUAGACAAUAUUUGGGGGAAUGCACAGGCCAUAAGGGGAGUAUCCAUGAGAUUUCCUUUUCAGCUCCGUCUUCGCUGCAAGUGAUAUGCUCUUGCUCUGGUGAUGGAACUAUCAGAGCCUGGGACACAAGGAGCUUCAAGCAGGUCCCCCCUACCACUUUGUGAUUGUUGAAUACUCAUGUUGGUUAUACAUGGUUACUUUCUUUUAAUAUUAUAUAAAUUUCGAGCCAUCA